AUGAACCAAGUAAUCGCUACCCCAUCUCCUGAUUCAAAAAAGAAGCAGUACAGGUUCUCGAAACGAGGCGACAGUGGCGGCUGCAACUUUGAUCCUGAAAGAGGCACCUUUCAAUCGUACAGCGUCAACGUCGGCGAACGCAAAAUCGGCGAUAAACCUUUCAUCUUCCUCCACGAGGGCCCUGUAAAUCAUCAGGGUCCCAAAACAACAGUUCUAGCAGCAGGUCGACUUCAAACAUCCGCCGCUUUCAAAAUCUACCUUGGCGAUCCCACGUCGGACUAUGACGACUACGAUAGAUCCCUUGCUUGGGAAGCGAUGGAUAUAGAGCGUCCAGAAUCAGCAUGGUCCCUGGAUUUCCCUGAUGCCGAUCUCAGGAGAGAAUUUGUAUGGAAAAAGACAAAGCAUAUUGCUGUUGAUGGGGUCGACAAACCUUCCCGCCUGUUGGCUCGGAACUGGAAGCUCACAAGCAAGAAUGACCCUGACGAGAUCCUAGCGGUUUUUACGGGCGACUCCGGCUUCUCGAGAGGAAGGGGAAUUCUUCAGAUUAAUGUAGACUGGGGUGCCCAUUUUGAGCAAAUGGUUCUCAUGACAUUGGUGUGUCAGUUUUUGAAACAUAAGCAGCCAACACGACAGGGCAACGGACUCUUCGUUGCUCCCCCUCCGGUCGGGGUAGCAUUUUAA